CGUUGAGCCGCCUUUGACAAACUACUCCGUUACUGCGUAUGCGUACAUCCGCAGCUCUUUAUAAGUGCCACUUCCAACAAACAUCACCAGUCUUAUGAAUAUCGUACGAUCAUUUAUAUUAUUAACAGUUUACCAACCCCUCUCUUUUAUUAUUCUUCCUCUCUCUUACCGCUCUGUAUUAUUUCAUUAAGGCCUCUUAUUCGUUCACCCGUGUGUCUUAAGCCGUCGGGUGUCAACAAGGAAGCGAAGUAGACCACCGAUCGAUCACACUGUAUUUGGGCUAGACGCAAAAUUUUUCCAUAAGAAGGGCAUGGGUUUUUUCGACCACCUCCAGAAGAAGGGAAGCAUAGUGAUUCAGCCCAAGCGGCCGCAGAUCCGAAAAGUCGAAGCAGUAACCACACCCGCCAAACAUGCCCCUUCAAGAGCCGCAUCAGUCACAUCGGACUUUUCAGCCUCCAGACCAACUCCUCACUCUCACGCUCACCCCCGCCGUGACCGCGAUCGCCUUCUCACAUCCAGCAGACGCUCAUCCAGUUCUAUCCGCGCAAGUUCCAUAGCGAGCGAUCCCACCCCAUCCCGACACCAUGAACCCACCCGGCGUCUAAAAGCAAAGUCCGUACCCCGAAAGCGGCCAUCGCCUGUCCAAAGGUUAUCGAGUAGCAGCGACGAGAGCGAUACGGAUGCGGCUUUCUUUGAAGUUCGCAAGCGGGCGAAGGUUAGUGCCAGUGCGGGGCCAGAUAAAGAGCGCCGGGUUCGGUCCACGGCUGCGUUUGUGGAAAAUGCGGGGGAACAAACGGUCACCAUAGUAAACGCGGCUGAUAUCACAUCUGUGGAUAAACCUGCGGAGUUUAUCAGAGCGUUUGAGGAUGGGGGUGAUGCUGGGGCUGCAGAGCCGGUUACAGUUCGGUUGCAGUAUCCCGGCGCUUCCCAGGGUGAAAAAUACCAACUUGUCGUACCUCGGGAGAAAGAAGGCUUCAAACCCUUGGAUGACAUAGUCCACCUGGUCAACAUAGUGUCACAAAAUUAUAUACCUGAGGAAUAUGCCCACCUUUUUAACGACGAGGCCACUGGCAUUAAUCGCCGCUUCAGACGCGCCCUGGCGCACGCCUCUCAAUCAGAAUUCAUGGAAGCAAUCGACGAAUAUAAUAAUACCAUCACCCGGCUCCGAGCUGACGGCUCCAUCGCGAAACACCUCGAUACCAUACACAGCCUGCCGCUCCCCUUAGUCGAACGGAUCCUGAACCAAAUAUACGCCCGCACCGUUUCCCCACGCGUAGAGUCCCUCCGCCGGUACGAAAAUGGCACAGACAACGUUUACGGCGAGCUCCUCCCCCGCUUCAUCUCCGAGAUCUUCAAGCAAACCAAACUAAAAUCCAACCAGGUAUUCGUCGACCUAGGCUCUGGGGUUGGCAACGUCGUCUUACAGGCAGCGUUGGAAAUCGGCUGCGAGAGCUGGGGCUGCGAAAUGAUGCAGAACGCCUGCGACCUCGCGGAGCUGCAGGGGCGCGAAUUCGAAGCACGCUGUCGGCUCUGGGGGCUUGCCCCGGGCACCGUCCGGCUUAUCCGCGGCUGCUUCCUGUCGCAAGAAAGCAUCAUUAAGGCGCUGCAGCGGGCCGAUGUCGUGCUCAUUAAUAACCAGGCGUUCACGCCGGAGCUGAACAACUCGAUCAUCAACCACUUCCUGGAUAUGAAGGAAGGGUGUCAGAUUGUGUCGCUCAAGUCGUUUGUACCCGCGGGACAUCGGAUUCAGGCGCGGAAUUUGAAUUCGCCGGUUAAUUUGUUGUCGGUCAGGCAGAAGGAUUACUGGUCUGAUAGUGUUAGCUGGACGCAUGCGGGGGGCACGUAUUUUAUUGCGACCAAGGAUAGUUCGAGGUUGAAGGCUUUUGCGGAGGGGAUGUUGAAUGAGUGAAGAACAUUUGGAUAUCCUGUUCCUUUUGUUUAUGCUUUUCUUUUGAUUCCCCCCACUCCCCUUCUUUUUUUUUUUUGGAUGGAGGCUCGCCUUCUCGUUGGCUGGGAAGAAUGCUUUUGGAAACGCUACGAUCACAUUUUCUGAGGCGUUGGAUUUUCUUUCUUCCCUCGGCUCUCCUAUUAUUAGAUAUUUUGAGUUAGAGUUGGCUGUGGGAAAUUAGAUGCACAAAUCGACGGCAAAUUGGUUUAAAGGUUGGAAUUCCGGCACGUACCUUGGCUUUUUUGUCGGGUUUUUUUUCAUGAUGAUACCUUGGUGGGUUUCUUCACCCAUUUUCCUUCUCGUUCU